AUGUCAGUUAGCGCUAUAUCGAAAUUCCAAACUCUCAAGCAGGAACAUAGCUUUCUGUUCAUAGUUUAUUAUCGUGGUCACUGGUGCCCGUUCUGCAUGGCAUACCUUUCGAGUUUGCAAGACCUAAGCCCAACCAUCACCGCAGCGGGGGGGUAUCCAGUGAUUGUCUCUGCGCAGGAUGAGGAGCACCUUGCCCAGGUUCGGUCUUCUAGUGGAUAUACCGGCGAGGCAAUUAAUGAUCCGGAGAACAUCCUAGCUAAGCACUUGGCAGCCAAUGAUAUGGUUACUGUUGCUAUUACAGAGAGGGAAGGAUAUCCGCAUGGCAUGGCCCAGCCUGCAAUUUUGGUAAUGAAAUACGAUGGAACCGUCAUGGAAAGUUGGGCCAUUGCCCCUUCUGAGAUGAACCUAGGAGGAGCUAAGGACCGUCCUGACCUUCAGGAAGUAUGGGAAAAUGUCAAUUCUAAGCUCAACAAUAAACAACCCUCCUAUGUGCAUUUUACUAACCAGAAGGAACUGGAUGAUCUUGCGAGAAAGCUCGGUUUUGUAUAA